UACCGGUCCAGGAUCAGUGAUCAUUAGCAGUUAUAUUUCCGAUUUGAGCGUGAGUUUCAGAACUGCUUUCGACAAUGUAUCGUUAGAGACUACUUGUCUUUUGUUGAUCAAAAAAGAGCUUAGCUACUGUAAAGCUGUUUUUACGCUACCACUACGCUACUGAGAAAUGUUUUUAAACUAUAGCGUCACUCGGCUAUAUUUGUAGCUACUGCCCAUCACUGACAAAGUAUACCACAAGAACAACAUACAGUAUGUUCAGUAUCUUAAGGAAAGAAAUUACAGAAAUGACAGGGAAAAGAUCAGACUCGGAAGCAUCCAGCUCUGUGUCUGUGAAGAGUGACCAUUCAAUAGGUGGUGUACCAGACUUAAGUAUGGAAACAACAUCCCCUGCAAAAAGUAGGAAAAGAUCAGUCUCAGAAACAUCCAGCUCUGUGUCUGUGGAGAGUGAUCAUUCAAUAGGUGGUGUACCAGACUUAAGUAUGGAAACAACAUCCCCUGCAAAAAGUAUGAAAAGAUCAAUCUCAGAAACAUUCAGCUCUGUGUCUGUGAGGAGUGAUCAUUCAAUAGGUGGUGUACCAGACUUAAGUAUGGAAACAACAUCCUCUGCAGAAAGAGAAAGAUCAGGCUCACAUGUAUCCAGCUUUGUGUCCAUGAAGAGUGACCAUUCAAAAGAUGGUGGAACACCAAAAUUCAGUGAGAAAACAACAUCUACGAAAAGUAACAAAGGACAUAAGACCACAGUAAAUAUUGGUUCAGAAAUUACACGGUGGGAAGCUCUAAAAGCACAGAAGGGAAUGAGAAGUGAUGUGGAACUGGCAACUUUUCUUCUCAACAAAAUUCAACAUGAGCAAUCAGACUUCCAGAAUUAUCGCUUCAACAUAGAAAAUCUUGUCUGGAUCUUCAAGAUGGAAGAACAGACAAAACAAAACAACCACAAAAACACAAGUCCAGGACAACAUAACGUGAUGCCCACCAGGGCGGAGCAGAAGACCACCACAUCUGUGUGGUCGAAACAGAUGCCCCCCAGGGCGGAGCAGAAGACCACCACAUCCGUGCGACCGCAUAAACAGGAGGACAAGUCUGGUUGGGCAAUGCUGAAACAGAAAACAUGAACAAGUUAAGGGUAGCCUCCGUGGCCACAACAGGAUCAGUCGGGUGCUCAGAGAGUUCGACUGAGACGUGACAAGACUCUGGAAGUUCCGCAGAGGCGAGGAGAGACUCUAGUAGUUCAGCAGAGACGUGGAAUGGCUCUGGUAGUUCAGCAGAGACAUGGAGAGGCUCUGGUAGUUCAUCAGAGAUGUGGAGAGGCUCUAAAGGUUCAGCAGAGAUGUGGGGAGGCUCUGGUAGUUCCUCAGAGAUGUGGGGAGGCUCUGGUAGUUCCUCAGAGACGUGGGGAGGCUCUGGUAGUUCCACAGAGAAGUGACGAGACUCUGGUAAUCCCAUGGUGUUUAUACUGGAUUCCAGAAGAUCAAUGCUGACUUGACUCUGCUUAUGAAGAUUAUUGGUGAAUUGUAUUUGUUCAUGAAGAUCAAUGGUGACUUGUAUUUGUUCAUGAAGAUCAAUGGUGAUUUGCCUUUGUUCAUGAAGAUCAAUGGUGACUUGCCUUUGUUCAUGAAGAUCACUGGUGACUUGAAUUCUCCCAUGAAGAACCCCGGUGACUUGACUCUGUCCCUGAAGAUCACCGGUGACUUGACUCUGUCCCUGAAGAUCACCAGUGACUUGACUCUGUCCCUGAAGAUCACCAGUGACUUGACUUUGUCCCUGAAGAUCACCAGUGACUUGACUGAUCACCAGUGACUUGACUCUGUCCCUGAAGAUCACCAGUGACUUGACUCUGUCCUUGAAGAUUACCAGUGACUUGACUUGACUCUGGAAGGUCAACGGUGACUAGCCCUGACUCUGGAAGGUCAACGGUGACUAGCCCUGACUCUGGAAGGUCAACGGUGACUAGCCCUGACUCUGGAAGGUCAACGGUGACUAACCCUGACUCUGGAGGGUCAACGGUGACUGGCCCUGACUCUGGAGGGUCAACGGUGACUGGCCCUGACUCUGGAGGGUCAAAGGUGACUGGCCCUGACUCUGGAGGGUCAAAGGUGACUGGCCCUGACUCUGGAGGGUCAACGGUGACUGGCCCUGACUCUGGAGGGUCAACGGUGACUAGCCCUGAAUCUGGAAGGUCAACGGUGACUAGCCCUGACUCUGGAGGGUCAACG